UUUGACUAUACAUAGACAACUGGCAUGUGGACACCCAAAAACCACGCUAUUAGCUUAUCUUUCUAGAAUGCAGAUGCAGUUAGGUGUCUGAUAUACCAAAUUACACACAGAAACUAAUCCUAUUAAUAUACAUCUAUAAAGUUAAAAAUAGAAACACGGAAGUGCAAUAUAGUAAAAAUGCAAAAACAACAAAACAAAAUAUUUGUUAGAUUUGUUGUUUUCAAAGAAUAAUUAACUAUAACAAAUAUAAAAACCACAACCUUUUUCUCCACUUAAUUCUAACCGGGGCUCUCGGAGAACAAGAGUCCCCAAUAUUCAAAAAUAUCAUCCAUUCAAACACAUGCAUCUCACAAUGCAUACCUUCCUUUUCUUCAUCGUUCUUCUAAUAUUCCUCACAACCUCCACGAUUGUCGGCUCUACAAACGAGCAACCACCAUUGAUGUCACCGGCUCCACCCCACAAGGGAGGCCACCACGGUCACCGCCGUCGCAACACAGCGAAAUUCUUCGGUUACAUUAGAAAAAACCAAACAGCGUAUUUGCAUAACCAAACAGAAUUAGCAAACGAGUUCGUAUACGCGCACAAUUGGGUGAGAAACGAGUACAAACUGCCAGCAUUGACGUGGGAUGAGAGUCUGGCGAGUAUCGCGCGAAAAUAUCUUAUGGAACGGUACGAGGAUUGUAAGUUGGUUCAUUCUAACGAAAGUUACGGUGAGAAUAUGUUUUGGGGAAAGAAAUUGCAUUGGACACCUUGUGAUGCGGUUUAUUAUUGGUACAUGGAAAAAAAUUAUUAUGAUUUCAAAACCCUUAAGUGUGAGCCUCCACCAAAGUUUUGUGAACACUUUACGCAAAUCGUGUGGAGGGACUCAACGCACGUUGGAUGCGCUUUGCAACAUUGCCACCUCCCUGAGUCUGGCAUGCUCAUCGCGUGCGAGUAUGACCCACCGGGUAAUUAUAUCAAUGAGAAUCCUCUCCUUCAUUCAACCUAAUUAACCAACCCAAAAUGAUUAUCCAUAACUGCCUUUAUGAAAUUCAUUUACAAUCAUUUGAUAUAUGACCCUUUCAAAUUCCAUCUACCUUUUUUAAUAUAUUAUAUCACAUGUGUGUAUGUGCUCCUUUGUUACUUUUUUUUGUUUGUAUUUCGGAGUUUCUUUCAACUCGUUAAUUUGGUUGUACUCAGUUAUGGUGGAAAAUUGUACAUAAUUUGUAUAAUUGGUUUGGUGUUUUUGAGCAAUACAAGUUAAUUAGUGAACCAUGUACAUGAUUAUAUAUUUUCU